AUGUUAUGCCGUGUAGUUUACACGAAUUGGCUCUUGAAUGACGAAUUCAGUGAGGGGCGAUACUUACAUCCUUAUACACUGAAGGUUUCCAGCCACACAAUUAAACAAAAAGAGGAGAGUUGCAGCUGUGGCGAUCACUUACAAGCAAAAACAUAUGGAGAUUCUCCAGAAUCCGAAUCUGAAGAUGUUAUUAAAGCAACCAAACAUUCAGUUAACAAUUCUGAAAUGAUUCACUCUAUGCAGAAUGAAUCAACAAGAUAUUAUCUGACUAGUUCCAUUACCACAGUGGUCAUUCCAGUUAUUUCAAGCAUCAUCGUGAUUAUUGGGCUUCCGGCCAAUGGGCUGGCCCUUUUGGUUCUGGCCACCAAGGUGCAACGAGUGCCUUCCACCAUCUUCCUGAUGAACUUGGCGACAGCCGACCUCCUCCUGAUUCUGGUGCUCCCGUUCAAGAUCCACUAUCACUUCCAGGGCAACAACUGGGUCUUUGGCGAAGCCCUGUGCCGGACGAUGACGGCCUUCUUCUACGGGAACAUGUACUGCUCCAUCCUGCUCCUCACCUUCAUCAGCAUCGACAGAUACUUUGCUCUGGUCCAUCCACUUCUUGCCAAGCGCCUCAGGGACAAUAGGUUCGCUGUGGCCACCUGCUCGAUUCUAUGGACCAUUGUUGCCUUCUCUGUGUUACCUUUUCUCCUCCAGAGGCAGGUCUAUCCAAUCCCGGACCUAAACAUCAAAGCCUGCCAUGAUGCCCUGCCGGAAAGCAUGAACUCCGGUUAUUUUUUCUACUACUUUGUGUGCUUGGUUGUAGUUGAAUUUCUUAUUCCUUGUCUAGUUACAGUAUUUUGUUAUGUAUCUAUUAUCAAAACACUGAUGGGCAAUGCUCGCAAAUAUGUUAAAGCUGUAAGGGCCAUAAUGUUAGCGCUGAUGAUAUAUCUGGUGUGUUUUACUCCCAGUAAGAUAAUCCUGCUCAUUCAUUACUCAGAGUAUCAUCUCAUGCACUCCAGUGACCUCUAUUUAUAUUAUAUAAUCUUCCUGGAGCUUAGCACCCUCAAUAAUUGCAUCGACCCCUUCCUCUUUUACUACUUCUCUGUUGAGUUUCGGAGCAAAGUGGGAUGGUCAGUCCCAUUUUGCAAAAAAAAGCCAAAGAUAAGGAAAAAGUCUGGUAAGAAACUUUCUCAGCCCAAGAUCACGUCAGGAGUCAGAGUGAGCAAACCAUUCGAUCUGGAGCAAAAGCAGCUGAGUUUCCAUAGUGAAAUAGACAACUCGCGUCAGGUGUCACAACAUUAAGAUUAGUGGUUGUUAUGAAUCCUGCUGCUUUCCCUUUUGGAAAUAAAGAACAAUCCAACAAGUCUCAAUAAGUACAGUUGUAUGUGAAAUUUAACCGCAUAGGUCUUUUCACUUUAAGCUAUAUCUUUCUUAAUCCUCUUCCCACCCCACAACACAUAGAAAAUUAUGUCAUGCUUUUAUGAUUAGUAACAUAAUUGGGGAAUAGACAUUGCACAAUAUAAUAACUAUGCCAAUUCCGUUUACCACACUUUAAUUUGGCUAUUUUAUCUUCUCAUUUGGCUGACAGACAAGGACAACCUUUCCUCCUACAAUAACCUUCCCUUGGCAAAUCACU